AUGAGCACGAUCAACGUCCCUCAAGGCUUUCGCCCUCUUCGCGAGAUCCUGCACAAACUGCGCAAGGCUGGCGAGGGAGAUUUUACUUUGGUCUGCGAGGGGAAAGGAAUGGAAGGUGCACAGCUUUCUGCUGAUGGCCUAUUCGGAUGUUUUGUAUCGGAUGGCGACGUCGGAGAAGUUUGUUGUGAGUGUUGAAUAUCCUGCCGCGAACAGGCUUGGGGGCAAAGACUGAUGACAUCCUCUCCAGGAACGCCAUGCAGGCCGCGCAGAGCUCCAGGAAGUCGAAGCUGACCACGUCGAGUGCAUGGUGAAUUUCUUCUAUCAUGGCGACUUCGAAGACUGGGUCCCGGGACAGGACGUUCUCGAAGUUCAGCUCGGGGUCGCGGCUCUCGGCGAGAUGUACCACAUCCCCUCCCUCGAGACGUGUGCGGCGGAGAUACGGUACCAGAUGAAGGAGUGCAGCUUCCACAGCAUGGAUGAGGGCGACUCACACGACUCCAGCUCGGACCUCAGUCAUGAUAUGUAA